UCAAAAAUAUUUUUUAAAAAAUUCUUUUAAAUAUAAAUUAAGUAAACAAAUCCCGAAUUAUUUUCAAAUUCCAAAUUCCAUAUAUUUUCAGACAUAUAAAUGACGGUGGGAAUGACUGUGGAUUUGCUAAGAAAUUCCCAACUAAAGUUUGGGGCCAUAACAUUUUUUGCGAAACAACAUAAAGGAGACACUUGUGGAAGCAAUGGACUACCCUUAACUCCGAACUCUAUAAUAAUAAUUGGGAGGGCUCAGUUCUUAAAAACUAUUAACAGUCCUUUUUUGUGCGAAUUUCUCGAUGUCAUAAGAGGAAAACAUGAAAGAACAAUUGUAGUAUCACAAUAUUGUGGCACGCCUUUAGCAAAUCUGGUAGAGAAACAUACAUUUUCUCAUUUACAAAUAAAGAAAAUAGCAUACCAAAUACUGCAAGGUUUGAGCUUGUUACAUAGUUUGAAAAUUGUCCAUCGAUGCUUGAGUAAUGAAAACAUACUUUUGCAAGAUAAUGACAACAUUAAGCUCUUCAAUUACGGAUUAUAUUAUAUGACAGACAAUGGAGCUUUAGUUCCUUUUCCAGUUUUGGACGUGCUGUAUACUGCCCCAGAAGUAUAUUUAAAUGGUCCUAACAGUUGUUACCCAGAUCCAAAAGUUGAUAUUUGGUCUUCGGGUAUCUGCUUGGCUGAACUAGCUCUAAAUAAAAGCUUAUGGAGCUCUCUCAAUUUGGGGCAGAGAAUAAGGAAGAUUCUAAGUUUGUUGCAAGUAAAUUCAUCAAUAUUUGAGAAGAUUGCUAGAGAACACAACUGUUAUGAAACAUACUUGAAUCUUCCACAAGAUUUGAAGGAAAUAAUUGAGCUUUGCCUUAACAUAUACCCUAGUAAAAGACCUACAUGCAAUGAACUUUUAUCAAACUCAUAUUUUAAUGAUUUUAAGCUUGAAAAUGACGAAAGGGAUAGAAAACCUUGGAGGUCUUUUGAUAUUUUUACUAUAAAAGAAUUAUAUCACUGGUGGCAACUGACUGGAGGUGAUGUAUAUCAAGAAUUAAAAAAACAAGGUCUGAUUCGAUCUAGUCCCCCUAUUUUGUCCCUUCCCAGCCUGGUCUUAAUUGAGGGCUCUCUUUUGGGACAGGAACGGAAUCCUGCUACAUUGUACGACCCCAGAAUAGUACAAAUGCCUUUGGACAUGCUCUAUCAGAGAUUUGCACAUAUUUCUCUGCCAGCAUUCUAUCCACUAAUCCAUUGCAAAUCAGAAAUAAUUUCUAACGCAGACCCACCACCUUAUGACGCUACAGGAUUGCCUCUAGUGAUAAAAGAAAAAGAUCCAGAGUAUCAAUUCCACAGAAUUAUUUUAUUUAGGAGAUUGUUACAUGGUUAUCCGUUUACAAAAGACUUGAUCAUUGAGGAGGCUCAAAAAGACAUUCCACCACUGUUAAGAGGAGAAAUUUGGGCCGCCUUGUUAAACGUAAAUUCGCUGUAUAAAAUGGAUUAUCUAAGACUGGAUAAAUAUUCUCAUACAACAACAGACAGACAAAUUGAAGUGGAUAUUCCGAGAUGCCAUCAGUAUAACGAGCUCCUUUCUUCUACAGAGGGACACAAGAAACUAAAAAGAAUUUUGAAGGCGUGGGUUUAUAAAAACGCUCAGUAUGUUUAUUGGCAAGGGCUGGAUUCUCUGACGGCGCCUUUUUUAUAUCUGAAUUUUAACGACGAAGCAAAAGCGUUCGCCUGUUUGUCGAAUUUCGUUCCAAAGUUUUUGCACAAAUUCUUUUUAAAGGACAACGCGGUCAUUAUAGAGGAAUAUUUAUGGAAAUUUUCCCAGUUAAUAGCGUUCCACGAUCCCGAAUUGGCCAAUCACUUGCACGAAAUCAAUUUCUAUCCGCAGCUAUUCGCCAUUCCUUGGUUUUUAACUCUAUUUUCACAUGUUUUUCCUCUGUAUAAAAUACUGCAUUUGUGGGACAAGUUGUUGCUGUGCGAUUCCUCCUUUCCAUUGCACAUCGGUCUCUCCAUUUUAACGCAAUUGAGAGAUAAAUUACUCACAUCAGGAUUUAACGAAUGCAUUUUGCUAUUUUCUGAUUUGCCCGAAGUGGACAUUGAGAAAUGCGUGCUAUCUUCAAUGCAGACGUAUACCAGCACGCCCAAAAGUAUCACAAACAGAGAAUACGAGAACGAAUUGUUCCACCAAAAAAACGAGCUGGAUAUUACAGGGGUGAAAAUCGAAGACCUGAAAAAGGAACUGUGUCCCAGAAUUAGCCCUAACGAUGUGAUAGAUUUUGUGAGGCAUCGUCCUGAAAAAGCCCUUUUUAUCGAUAUUAGAAAUCCUACUUUGUUCCUUCGUUGCUCCUUGAAGGACAGCAUAAACAUUCCCUUUUCUAGUGUGUCGUUUAGCGAGAAGUUGUUGGGAAACUUGGGACCCCACUGCAAUUUGGUGAAAUCAAAGGGUGACAAAGUUGUGGUGGUGAUUGGAAAUUCUGAUACGGAUUUAGAAAGGUUUCCGAAAUUCUUACUGCAAUGUAAUGUGAGCAGAGUGUGCGUAUUGCACGGAGGUUUCAACGUGUUAAUUCCAGUAACACCCACGGUUUUACAGUCAGGAAUGCCCACUUGACACGCACACUAAAUUAAUUUUCUAUAUAUAUAUAAUUUAUUUAAUAAGAAAAAGAUUUGUAAACGCUUAUUCCUGAAAAAUAUUUGGUAAUAUUGCAGCAAAAGAAAGUAUCAUUUUAGUAAAAUUUUGAAUAAGCAAUUUCAAAAUAUUUUAAAAGCUUAUGCAACCAAAUAUACGUCUAUUUUAAGUUUUAAGCGAACAAAGUAACUAUUUACUAUAUUAUAACAAUUUUAGGUUUUACACUUAAACAAUGGCAUAUAAAUAAUUUAUAGAACCUUUUGUAACAUAAAUGUAUUAUUAAACUUUUUAUUGAUAGCUUGAAUAAAUGUUUUAUUUAAUUUUGUACACUUUUAUUUAACACGUCCUCUAUCUUAAUUGCUCUAUAGAUUACUGGUAUUAGUGGAAAAAAAAA